AUGACUACUGAUGACUACAUUAAGAUGUUUAAAAAUAUAACAAAAGAAUUGUCAUGUGCAGGACAUUCAGUUGACGAUGCAUUAAUGAUUUUUGCAUUUCUAAGAAGACUUAGUACCUCUUACAUUCCAUUCAAGUCAGCAUCAAUGCAAAUCUAA